UCACAAACCCAUAAUUUAUUGCGUUUGUAUAACCCUCCCCCUACCUAGCUACUUGUUCGGAACAUUGCAAUUUCCACAUCCCAAGUUCCCAACAACAGAAUUACCACACAGAAACAGCUUGCCUAGAACCAUGGAUUCUCCAUUCAAGGACGAUGCUCUCAAGGGAAAAGUGGCAUUGUUAACAGGAGGUGGUUCUGGUAUUGGAUUCGAGAUUUCAACUCAAUUUGGCAAACAUGGUGCUUCCAUUGCAAUCAUGGGUAGGCGUAGACAAGCUCUUGAUGCUGCUGUCUCCGCUCUUGCUUCCCUCGGCAUUCCUGCCAUUGGGUUUGAAGGGGAUGUCCGCAAGCCGGAAGAUGCAAGGAGGGUAGUGGAAUCAACUUUCCAGCAUUAUGGAAGAAUUGACAUUCUUGUGAAUGCUGCAGCUGGAAAUUUUCUAGUGUCUGCAGAGGAUUUAUCCCCUAAUGGAUUUCGAACAGUGAUGGAUAUUGAUUCUGUUGGGACAUUUACCAUGUGCCAUGAAGUACUUAAGUACCUCAAGAAAGGAGGCCCAGGAAGAACUUCAUCCAGUGGUGGGGUAAUAUUAAAUAUAAGUGCUACAUUGCACUACACGGCUUCUUGGUAUCAAAUUCAUGUAUCUGCAGCCAAGGCGGCUGUUGAUGCAACUACCAGAAACUUGGCGUUGGAAUGGGGUACAGAUUAUGAUAUUAGAGUUAAUGGAAUAGCGCCAGGUCCAAUUAGUGAUACACCUGGCAUGAGUAAACUUGUACCGGAAGAGAUAACAAACAAAUCUAUGGAUCACAUGACACUUUAUAAACUAGGCGAGAAAUGGGAUAUUGCUAUGGCUGCUGUAUAUCUUGCCUCUGAUGCAGGUAAAUAUGUAAAUGGAUCAAUUCUUCCGGUAGAUGGAGGACACUGGCUGAGUCGGCCACGCCAUCUUCCCAAAGAUGCAGUGAAGCAACUUUCUCGUGCAAUUGAGAAGAAAUCAAGAACUGCACCAGUUGGGCUUCCCAAGAGCAAGCUUUGAUUAAUAACUUUGGUAAUAAUCCUAUCAUACAACUGAACUUGUAAGGAUCUUGGGUGAAAGCCAGUAGUAUAAUAUUGUACUCCGGUAUUUAUGGCUAGCAUGUAUUUAGGCCGUCACAAAUAAGUAUUAUUUCCAAGAGCCCAUUCUUUAAGGAUCUUUUACGUUGCCGUAAGGCGGUAAGGCUCCGUUUGGUAGGGCAUAAAACGUUUUCAUGGAAAACGAUUUUCCCAUUUUCAAUCA